CGCCUCCCGGGCCGGCGGCGGCGGCGGCGGCGGCGGCGGCGGCUGCGGCUGCGGGCGAGCUCGCGGGGCCCGGGCCGCCCCCAGCCCCAGCCCGCCGGGCCCCGCCCCCCGCCGAGUGCAUGAGGUUGACGCUACUUUGUUGCACCUGGAGGGAAGAACGUAUGGGAGAGGAAGGAAGUGAGCUGCCCGUGUGUGCGAGCUGCGGCCAAAGGAUCUAUGACGGCCAGUACCUCCAGGCCCUGAGUGCUGACUGGCACGCAGACUGCUUCAGGUGUUGUGAGUGCAGUGCCCCCCUUUCACACCAGUACUAUGAGAAGGAUGGGCAGCUCUUCUGCAAGAGAGACUACUGGGCCCGCUAUGGAGAGUCCUGCCACGGGUGCUCAGAGCACAUCACCAAGGGACUGGUCAUGGUGGCCGGGGAGCUGAAAUACCACCCCGAGUGCUUCAUCUGCCUCACGUGCGGGACCUUCAUCGGUGACGGGGACACCUACACGCUCGUGGAGCACUCCAAGCUGUACUGUGGGCACUGUUACUACCAGACCGUGGUGACCCCCGUCAUCGAGCAGAUCCUGCCCGACUCCCCCGGCUCCCGCCUGCCCCACACAGUUACCCUCGUAUCCAUCCCAGCCUCGGCUCAUGGCAAACGUGGCCUCUCAGUCUCCAUCGACCCCCCACACGGCCCGCCAGGCUGCAGCACGGAGCACUCCCACACCGUCCGGGUCCAGGGGGUGGACCCAGGCUGCAUGAGUCCAGACGUAAAGAAUUCCAUCCACGUCGGAGACCGGAUCCUGGAAAUCAAUGGCACGCCCAUCCGGAAUGUGCCCCUGGAUGAGAUUGACCUGCUGAUCCAGGAAACCAGCCGCCUGCUGCAGCUAACCCUCGAGCACGACCCCCACGACACACUGGGCCAUGGGCUGGGGUCUGAGCCCAGCCCCCUGAGCUCCCCAACUCACACUCCCAGUGGGGAGGUGGGCAGCUCUACACGGCAGAAGCCUGUCCUGAGGAGCUACAGCAUCGACAGGUCUCCCGGAGCCGGCUCCCUGAGCUCCCCGGCCUCCCAGCGCAAGGACCUGGGGCGCUCCGAGUCCCUGCGCGUGGUCUGCCGGCCACACCGCAUCUUCCGGCCGUCAGACCUCAUCCACGGGGAGGUGCUGGGCAAGGGCUGCUUUGGCCAGGCCAUCAAGGUGACGCACCGGGAGACGGGCGAGGUGAUGGUGAUGAAGGAGCUGAUCCGGUUCGACGAAGAGACCCAGAGGACAUUCCUCAAGGAGGUGAAGGUCAUGAGAUGCCUGGAGCACCCCAACGUGCUCAAAUUCAUCGGGGUGCUCUAUAAGGACAAGAGGCUCAACUUCAUCACCGAGUACAUUAAGGGGGGCACCCUCCGGGGCAUCAUCAAGAGCAUGGACAGCCAGUACCCGUGGAGUCAGAGGGUGAGCUUUGCCAAGGACAUCGCUUCAGGGAUGGCCUACCUUCACUCCAUGAAUAUCAUCCACCGGGACCUCAACUCCCACAACUGCCUGGUCCGAGAGAACAAGAACGUGGUGGUGGCCGACUUCGGGCUGGCCCGGCUCAUGGUGGAAGAGAAGACGCAGCCCGCGGACCUGCGAAGCCUCAAGAAGCCAGACCGUAAGAAGAGAUACACGGUGGUGGGUAACCCGUACUGGAUGGCGCCCGAGAUGAUCAACGGCCGCAGCUACGACGAGAAGGUGGACGUGUUUUCCUUUGGAAUCGUUCUGUGCGAGAUCAUUGGGCGGGUGAACGCGGACCCCGACUACCUGCCCCGCACCAUGGACUUUGGUCUCAAUGUGCGAGGCUUCCUGGACCGUUACUGCCCCCCGAACUGCCCGCCAAGCUUCUUCCCCAUCACCGUGCGCUGCUGUGAUCUGGACCCUGAGAAGAGGCCCUCCUUUGGGAAGCUGGAGCAGUGGCUGGAGACCCUCCACAUGCACUUGGCCGGCCACCUGCCGUUGGGCCCGCAGCUGGAGCAGCUGGACAAGGGCUUCUGGGAGACCUACCGGCGCGGCGAGAGCGGACUGCCUGCGCACCCCGAGGUCCCCGACUGAGCCCGGCCCACCCAGCCGCCCCCAUCCCCACCGCCGGCACCGCACUCCUCUGCGGGUCCUGGCGGGGUGCACAGCCCCCAGCUGGGCGGCAGGCACCCAGACUCCUCCCUGGCACCAGGCUCUGCCUUGCCUUCUCCUCCCCUGCGGGCCGCGGCCCCGGAGCUGGCCUGGCUGCACACACACACACAGUCACCUCGCCCUGCCUUACCUCCGCCAUGGUGGGGCCGCCCCCUCUCGCUUCUCCUUGCAUGAGCCGGAGGGCCCGGUGAGUCCCGCCCCAUCCUGCACCCUUCCGCC